AUGGGGGGCAAGAAAGAAACCAAGGCCGCUUACUUCGAGAAGCUCGAGGCGCUCCUCAAGGAGUACAAGAGCAUCUUCAUCGUCACCGUCGACAAUGUCUCGUCGCAGCAGAUGCACGAGAUCCGCCAGUCUCUGCGCGGCGAGGGUGUCGUCCUCAUGGGAAAGAACACCAUGGUCCGCCGUGCUCUGAAGGGUCUUGUCGGUGACAACCCAGAGUACGAGCGCCUUCUUCCCCACGUCAAGGGCAACGUUGGCUUCGUCUUCACCAACGCCGACCUCAAGGCCACCCGUGACAAGAUCCUGUCCAACCGUGUCGCCGCCCCUGCUCGUGCCGGUGCCGUUGCCCCUGGCGAUGUGUUCAUUCCCGCCGGAAACACUGGUAUGGAACCCGGAAAGACGUCUUUCUUCCAGGCUCUCGGUGUCCCCACCAAGAUUGCCCGUGGUACCAUUGAAAUCACCACCGAGUUGAAGCUCAUCGAGGCCGGUAACAAGGUCGGUGCCUCCGAGGCCACCCUGCUCAACCUGUUGAACAUCUCUCCCUUCACCUACGGUAUGGGUAUCUACCAGAUCUACGACAACGGCCAGACCUUUGACGCUUCCGUCUUGGACAUUGGCGAGGAGCAGCUCCUCAAGACCUUCACCUCGGCCAUCACCGCCAUUGCCAGUAUCUCUCUGGCUAUCAGCUACCCUACCCUGCCCUCGGUUAUGCACUCGGUUGUCAACUCGUACAAGAAGGUCCUCGCCGUCGCCAUCGAGACCGACUACGAGUGGGACGAGAUCUCCGAGCUCAAGGACCGCAUUGCCAACCCCGACAAGUACGCUUCCUCUGCCCCCGCUGUCGGUACCACUACUGGCGGUGACGCCCCUGCCGCUAAGGAGGAGGCCAAGGAGGAGGAGAAGGAGGAGUCCGAGGAUGAGGACAUGGGCUUCGGUCUGUUCGACUAA